UCUCGCACGCGGCCGAAGAUGGAGAACACGACGUGUCCGACUAACGUGCUGGAGAGCGCGAGCGUGCCCGGCCUGAUGAUGCUGCUCGCCACGUUGAUCGCCGGUGGAAUCGUCCUCGUGAUCUGCUACGCUGUAAGCCGGCGAUCGCGUUCCCGCCAGGACUCGAAGAAAACGUAUUACAGUAAUGAAUCCGUUCCAACAUCGCACAUGUAUAUAUCAUCACCACCACCAGUACCAAUGCAGCCCCGCGAGGGUAAUAAACGCGCGAAAAACAAUAAGAAACGUCAAGCCCAGCAAGAACGAGUUCACCCUUGGAUGAUAGGUACGCUAAAGGGACAUACUGGCCUGGUAAACGACAUGGACUUUUCCAGCAAUGGCAGAUAUCUCGCGAGUUGUGCCGAUGAUGAGAGCUUGCGAGAGACGAGAAAGCAUGUCCAGUCUUCCGGGCAUACGUAUAAGAAAAAAGAAUUCAAGAAGAAGACUUCGUCACUGCAGACGGACUGCAGAGAAUCGCAAAGUUUCACACGUCGUGAGGAUAAAGAAACAGGAAAACCGUCCAGGAGCAGGACUCGGGGAUCUUCACUGUUUUCUUUCCAACACAUCGGUAAAGCAUCGGAGGAGCCUUCACCGCUCGAGGUGUUUACCAGCGACACUUCCAGCAAUGAUGACAUCCCGGACGAGAGCCAGCAGCAGAUGAUGUUCCUGAACGAUGCUACCUGCCUGGCUUCCACGAUCAACAAAUAUAUAUUGUCACCGAAGGAAUUGUUUGAACAUGGUUAUCCCAUCGAGUCGACUCUCUUUCCGGGUUACGCGAUGAUAAACAAUAUAUCAUAUCCAUCAGGUCCCAAGAUUGAGAGUGACAGUGGCCAAUAUACCAAUUCCAGCUCGUCCGACAAUUCCGAGCAGGAAAGCUCGUCCGAUAACGAGAAGAACUUCGACAAAGAAAAUAGUUCCGAUAAACAGAAGAAUCGAGACGAGAAAAACUGCUCCGAAAACAAGAAAGGAUGCGAUAGCGAGAGCAAUUCGGAUAGUGAGAAAAGUAUUUCGGAUGACAAGAAGAACUCCGAAAACGAAAAAAGCUGCGAUAGUGGGAGCCAUUCCGACAGAGAGACUAGUCCGGGCAAUCAGAGCUCCGAACACAGGAAGAGCUGCGACAGAGAUGGCAGUUUGGACAUCAAGAAGAGCACCCAAGAUGAGGAUUGUUCUACCAACAAGAGACUGGAAAAAACAGGCUGUGAAAACGAGAAUAAUUCGGCCAACAGGAAAAGUCGAGAGGAAAAGAAAGAAUCAGGCGCAAGCGGUAAUACAGGGUUGUUGGAGAGAACAUGCGUCAGAUGCUACAAGGUAUUCUAUGCCGAUCAGAAUGGCGAGUAUCUGAACGCGGAACGUUGCGUUUACCACUGUGGCAAAAUGUACAACCGCAUGACCAACGACAGCUGGUAUUGGACGUGCUGCAACCAAGCCAGAUUCUCGCGCGGUUGUGCCGAGUGGAAGACGCAUGUAUGGACUGGCCUGGUUCCUGGGAUCAAUGGGCCCUUCGCAGGAUAUGUGCACACUAUGCCGUCUCCAAUGUUCCUACACGAUAACAACUACGGCAUAUACGCGAUGGAUUGUGAGAUGUGCUACACACUGCAGGGUCUGGAACUCGUUAGAGUGAGUCUCGUCGACUUGUACGGCCAGGUCGUGUAUGACACGCUCGUCAAGCCGAGCGCUGAGAUCAUCGACUUCAACACGAAGUUCAGCGGCAUCACGGAAGAUGACAUGUCUAACAUCACCAAGACUCUUCCGGAGGUGCAGAACGACCUGCUCAAUUUCAUUCACGCCGAGACGAUUCUAAUGGGCCACAGUCUCGGGAACGACCUCAAAGCGCUGCGUCUGAUCCACAAGAACGUCGUCGAUACCAGUGCGAUGUUCCCGCAUUACCUCGGCUUGCCAUAUCGUAACGGUCUCAAGACUCUGGCGCGGAAAGUGCUCAACCAGAAAAUACAGGAAGAGACACAUAACUCCAUUGAGGAUGCCCGGGUCGUUAUGGAUCUAGUGCUGCGAAAGGCCCAAUACGAGUGGCAGCAAUCUCUUGUUUGGUAGAUAAAAUCUUAGAUUAAAUCGCCAUCUCGAGAAAAGACUCAUCUACGUGAACAAGAACUAUUCGAUAGUCUUGGCAGUAGUUCGCGGUGAGAUAAUGUCGCGACAGGAAGCGCGUGUUAUUGAACUAAUUUGUAAAUAUAAAUCAGGAAGGACCGCGUUUUUUUUUCCUAGUGUUCGUUUCCAGGGGUGAAAUCUGUGAUAUUACACAUAUAGUGCAAUGCGUUCCUCACGUGCGUUCCUGCGUCCCCACGUUCGUCUCUGAUGAUAAGGGACGCGAUUAUUGUACUCACAUAUUAUGCGCACA